GUCUAUUGUCUUACUGUCGUUGCAAUCUUGUGCUUAAACCAUUUAUGCCAAUGCAGAUUGUAGAGCAAGAAAGAUUGGUAUCUGUGGAGACAGAUGAUCAACCCCCCUGUUGGCAUUUGUGUCGCCGCAUGAUUUUGAAAGGCAUAGGAGGAGUGCUCUGCUAGGCUGCUAGCACUAGAGGAAUGGACAUUUCUGAAAGCGCUCCAGGGGUGUACACAGUCAGAUCCUUCGAUGAGUAAGCGUACCAAGGGUUUCUCUGACGGUUGGCUGAGCUCGGUCAGUCAGCAGCUUAUAUUAACCUCCCUGAAGACCAAAGAGAUUGAACCACUGCUAAUGCAGAUGAGUUCAUCUUCAGUUUCGACCGUGGAUUUUCUCAUGUUGUGUUGACAUUUUACCAGUAUAUCAAAUUGCAGACGAGUUCAUCUUCAGUUACUCCACGGUUGGUGGUGGCUACUGCAUGUAACACUCGCUGUCUUCUGCUGCUUCCCACUGGUUUUGAAUAAAAAAACUCUUCUUUCCCUCUCAUCGGUCUUCUCCCGAUUCGAUUCCCCACAGACGCUUACGAUCUUAUCUUCCCAUCUCCUCCAAUCCCAGACUCUUCCCAAAAUUUGACUUCUUUUCUGGACUCUUCUUAACAAUUUGACUCCAUACUGAUCUGCUCUGCCCCCAUGGCGAAGGCGGCGGCAGGGGGCGAGCCGGAGGUGAUCCGGGACAAGGCGGCGAUGCGGGCGUGGUCGCGCAGCCGGCGGGCGGAGGGUAAGACGGUGGUGCUGGUGCCCACCAUGGGCUUCCUCCACGACGGCCACCUCUCGCUCGUCUCCGCCGCGGCGGCCGUGGCCGGCCCCGUCGCCGUCGUCGUCUCCAUCUACGUCAACCCCAGCCAGUUCGCGCCCACCGAGGACCUCGCCACCUACCCCUCCGACCUCGCCGGGGACCUCCGCAAGCUCGCCUCCACCGGCGCCGUCCACGCCGUCUUCAACCCGCCGGACCUCUACGUCCGCGGCUCCGCUGGAAGCGGCGCUUCUGGCGGCGCGGUCUCCUGCUUGGAGGCGGUGGCGGCGGGUGGGGAUGGGCACGAGACCUGGGUCCGGGUGGAGAGGCUCGAGAAGGGGCUGUGUGGGGCCAGCCGGCCAGUCUUCUUCCGUGGUGUGGCCACUGUGGUGGCCAAGCUGUUCAACGUCGUCGAGCCCGAUGUCGCGGUGUUCGGGAAGAAGGAUUAUCAGCAGUGGCGUCUCAUCUGCCGAAUGGUUCGUGAUCUUGAUUUUGCCAUAGAGAUAAUAGGGUCAGAAAUAGUGCGAGAAGCCGACGGUCUUGCCAUGAGCUCUCGCAAUGUGCACCUAUCACAUGAGGAACGGGAGAAGGCGUUAUCCAUCAGUAGAUCACUGGUAAAUGCUAGAACUGCUGCCUUGAAUGGAAACAAUGCUGCCAAACAAAUAAAGAAUCAAAUAGUGCACACCCUUACUGAAGCUGGCGGGCGGGUUGACUAUGUUGAGAUUGUGGAGCAAGAAAGUUUGGCACCUGUGGAGAUGAUCGAUCGCCCUGUUGUAAUUUGUGUUGCUGCAUGGUUUGGAAAGGUUAGAUUGCUCGAUAAUAUCGAAAUCUGUACACGCUCCUGAGGAUUUUGCUGUGGCCUUGGAAAUCCAUCUUGUUCUUCACCCAUAUGUAUUUUUUUUAAAGGGUCAUGUUGUACAGUGUAAGUUUUUUACGAUUACAGAGAAAACUGGCAGGAUCCUUAAUAAUUCCUUUCAUGUUUUGUUUGAAUGACAAAAGUAGAUCCUGCCUUCCUACUACUUAAUGCCUUCCUGAUAAUGUAUUUUUAUCUUGUCAA